AUGGGCAAAUUUGUCCCAAGACAGCGAAAGCACAAGGUGCUCGCCCGAGAGAGGUCCAAGGAGAACGGUGUCAUCCCCCAGGACUCGAACGCGGAUGAGAUUCUCCCCGAAGACCAGAAGCGUCUCCAGGACAAGAGGGCGCAGCUCAAGGCUGAAUUGCAGGGAGACGGCGCCAAGCCCAGCGGCAAGAAGGCGAAGCGGCUGGAAAAGUACAUCACAAACAAGCUCCGCAAAGAUGAGAAUCGCGAAAUCCUCGCCAAGCUCGCGCAGCAAAAGGUCGACACGAGCCUCUUCACGAGUACCAAGACUCUCGGCCAGGGCAAGGAGUCCAAACGCCAGGCUUUGACCAGGGCACUGCGAGAGAAGAACGCCGGGUUGGAAGUCGACGCGGAUGCGGAGGAACUGCUCUAUGAGAAGAGAGACGAGGCACCUGAGGCGGAUUCUGAAGACAGCGAAUACGAGGCUCCAAAGGCACCCAAGCUGCAAGCUUCCAUGGUCACAGUCAAGGCACCUGCACCAGCACCAGCACCAGCAACGACAUCAAAGUCAACAUCAGAAACAUCAUCACAAGCACCAGCUUCAGCACCUGCACCUGCACCUGCACCUGCGUCAAAGCCGGAACCAAAACCCGCCGCAUCUACAGGAUCUGGUCUGAAGCGCCCUCUGGAUGUCGACGAAGCGGGUCGACCAGUGCUUCGGAAGCGUCAAAAGAGGGGCGGCGUUGUUUCCAAGUUCUCCAUCGCCGAACCGGAGAAGGCAAAGGAUGCGGAGGACGAAUGGAAUGGUCUCAGCGAUGACGCAGAGGGAAAAUCCAGUGAUGAGGAAAAUUCGUCUGCGGAGGAGUCUGAACAAUCAAGCGAAGGUUCUGACGAGUCGGAGGAAGAUGAUGACGAGGACGACGAGGACGGGUCUACCAGCACGAGGCAGUCUGCCUUCAAAGCCUGGGCACUCGCUCAAAGAAACGAAGCCCUUGGCUUUGAAUCAACAACAGAGGCUUCCACAGCACUCGAAAUCCCUAGACCGGAGAAUUUUGAGCCACGGCCGCUUGAGCAAGAACCACUGCCUCAGGAACUACAGCCGACAACGAAUCUUGCACGCAAGGCAUACAGUGUUGCCGUGACGCGGACUCCGGAGAUCCAAGAAGUUCGUAUGAAACUCCCAGUUGUUGCCGAGGAACAGAAGAUCAUGGAGAUGAUUCACAACAACGACAUCGUCGUCGUGUGCGGUUCCACAGGUUCCGGUAAGACAACACAGGUGCCGCAGUUCCUGUAUGAGGCUGGUUAUGGUUCUCCUGGCUCCGCGACUCCGGGCAUGAUUGGUGUUACGCAGCCUCGACGAGUUGCUGCCGUGAGCAUGUCGAAGCGUGUCGGGCAAGAACUCGGCGACCACUCGGACAGGGUCGGAUACCAGAUCCGAUUCGAGGGCACAGCUUCAGCCAAGACGGCCAUAAAAUUCAUGACGGAUGGUGUGUUGCUACGAGAGAUGGCGCAAGACUUCUCCCUGAAGAAGUACUCGGCAAUCAUCAUUGAUGAGGCCCACGAGAGAAGCGUCAACACAGAUAUCCUGAUUGGAAUGCUGAGUCGUAUCAACAACAUCCGCAAGGGCAACGACAAGGUCGAUCCCUCGAUCAAGCCACUCAAGAUCAUCAUCAUGUCCGCGACGCUGAGAGUCGAAGACAUGACCAACAAUACCACACUAUUUCCCACCCCACCCCCUGUGGUAGAAGUUGAAGGACGGCAGCAUCCCGUCACGAUUCAUUUUUCGCGGCGCACACAGUCUGACUUCGUCGAGGAGGCCUUUAACAAGAUCAUGCGUGGUCACAAGAAGCUGCCGCCCGGAGGCUUUUUGGUGUUCCUCACAGGUCAAAACGAAAUCAGGUACCUGAGCAAGCGACUGAGAGAAGCAUUUGGUGGCUUCACCGAAGCAAGUGCACCCAAGGUCCAGAUCUCGGCUACCGACGCACCUAUGGAGGUUGAAGAUAUCGACUUUGGCGAGGUCGACGAUACGAUUGCUGCCGACAUUGACGAUGGGCUCGACGAAGAUGAGGAUAUGGAGCACGAGGACGACAAGGAGUUUGACAUUGAAGGAGAGGAGGGAGAGACGGGGCCUAUGAAGAUGCAAGUCUUGCCUCUUUACUCUCUGCUGCCAACCAGGGAACAGAUGAGAGUGUUUGAGGAUCCCCCCGAAAAUCACCGUCAAGUCAUCCUGGCAACCAAUGUGGCAGAAACCAGUUUGACGAUCCCUGGCAUCCGGUAUGUCUUUGACUGCGGCCGGUCCAAGGAGCGACAAUACGAUCGCUUCAGCGGAGUGCAAACCUACGAAAUCGGCUGGAUCAGCAAGGCCAGUGCCAGCCAGCGUGCUGGUCGUGCCGGUCGUACGGGACCCGGUCACUGCUACAGACUAUACUCCUCAGCCGUCUACGAGCGAGACCUGCCCGAGUUCACAGAUCCCGAGAUCCUGCGGAUGCCCGUCGACGGCGUCGUGCUCCAGCUGAAGGCAAUGAAUCUCUCCAACGUCGUCAACUUCCCCUUCCCGACACCGCCGAAUCGCAUGGGUCUCCGCCAGGCUGAAAAGUUGCUCACCUACCUCUCAGCCAUUGCGCCGGAGGGCCAAAUCACAAAGAUUGGAUCAACCAUGUCCAUCUUCCCGCUCUCGCCCCGCUUCGCCCGCAUCCUCCUCGUCGGACACCAGCAUGAUUGCCUGCCGUACACCAUCAUGAUGGUGGCAGCGUUGUCGGCAGCCGAGAUCUUCGUCCCGGAACACCAAGCGAUCCCCUCCCUCGCCGCGCGCGACGAGUCCGAGUUCCGCCGCACUGCCGACAUCAUCGCCGAAGACCGCCAGGCCAACAUCAGACGCCUCUUCAACGCCGCGCACAAGAACUUUUGCUACCUGGACGACAGGUCCGACGCCAUCAAGCUCCUCCAGGUCGUCGGCGAGUACGCCCACGACCCGACGGAGAAGUGGUGCGAAGACCACUUUGUGCGGUACAAGGUCAUGAAGGAGGUGACGCAGCUGCGCCAGCAAAUCACGGAGCUCCUCCGGGCCAACAUCCCCGCGUUCAAGAACCUAAAGUACCAAGAGCGUCUCGACGCGCCGUCGGACAAGCAGGUCGCCUACCUCAAGCAGAUGGUGGCCGCGGGCUUCAUCGACCACGUCGCCCUCCGCGCCGACAAGUCCCCCGUGCCGCCCGAGGUGACGCGGAAGCCCGGCCGCGCCAUCGACGUGCCGUACAUCCCGCUCUCGCCGCUCGGAGUGGGCCACGGUGCCGAGAAGCUCGUCUACAUCCACCCGACGUCGCCGCUGGCGCACCUCAGCCCGCAAGAGUGCCCCGAAUUCGUGGUGUACUCGCAGCUCCAGCGGGCGACGCAGGGCGCGGACGUGAACAAGACGCCCAAGACGAGGAUGCUCGCGCUCACGGACGUCACCGGCGGGCAGCUCGCGAGCUUGGCCAAGGGCACGCCGCUUGUCAGCUACGGGAAGCCGGUCAAGGAAAUUUCUUCGACCGCGAAUACGCGUGAGGUGUGGGUCGUGCCGUACCUGAGGGCCGAGGGUGUUGGUGGUCAGGGCUGGCCGUUGCCGAUGAAGAAGGUCGUGCAGCGCAGGGUUGCUGGUAAGGGAUGGGUCGUUGAAUGA